GCUCCCCGCAUUCGUGCUAGAAGCUCCAUCUUGCUGUUUAUUUCAUCUUUGCUGUUGACCGGCAUUUUCCCACAACACCCUGCUCCUGCUCUCACAGAUGACGAAAAUGGCGGAUAACUCAUCUUCGGUCGAGAUUGUUGAGGGCUGUCGCCUCCCCGUUCUUCGUAAAAACCAAGAACACGAGGACGAAUGGCCAUUGGCUGAAAUUCUAAGUGUGAAGGAAGUCUCUGCGAGAAAGCUUUACUAUGUUCACUAUAUUGACUUCAACAAGCGCCUGGAUGAGUGGGUCACAGGCGACAGGCUGGACAUGAAGAAGCUUCAGUUCCCUAAAAAAGAAGCUAAAACGCCAACCAAGAAUGGUCUUUCAGGCUCCCGUCCCAGUUCUCCCGAGAGAGAAGUGAGGAAGAGUCUAGAUCUCAACCUACCAGCUGCUACAGCUCCUUCCAGAGGCAAAACCCUCCCCACCCCGCUAUCGGGUCAUGCUGAACUGCAUGGAAAUCCAGAAAUAAACAACCAUGACACAAAAAAGGAAGAUGAUGAUCCAGUCGUGCAGAUCACAUCUGGAAGUGCUUUAACACACAGUGUAUCCAAAUGUUUGACAGGUGUAUGCACUGGACUUGUCAAGCCACGGUUCAGCUUCAAAUCUGUCAAGAAGAGGAAAGUAGAGACCGUCCCCUUGGCGACUCAGGUAUCCCCGGCCACCCCUGUGCCCUCCCUGCCAAGUUCAGCUGAGGCCUCUCAGGCAUCUGUUUUUCCUGCUGUGAGGGAGACCAACACUUUCAAGUCCCGUGAAGACCAUGAGCAGCUCUCCACGCUCACAACGAACGGCACUGCUCGGCGACUCAUCCCCGCGCAGCCAGGGAGGAAAAGAAAAGCAAACUGUGGGGGAACAGAUGAGAUGAUAAAGGUUUUGCAGUAUAACAACCCUCAAAGUGCCAGUGUCUUUCUACCACCACCAGAGGAUUCCCAGGACAGUUCGGAUGGCAUCCCAUCUGCACCCCGCAUGACGGGCAGUCUGGUGUCCGACCGCAGCCACGACGACAUCGUCACCCGGAUGAAAAACAUAGAGUGCAUAGAGCUAGGACGUCAUAGACUGAAGCCCUGGUACUUUUCACCGUACCCGCAGGAACUCACCACAUUGCCCAUCCUCUACCUCUGUGAAUUCUGUCUCAAGUACCUCAAAAGCCUGAAGUGUCUCCAGAGGCAUUUGACAAAAUGUAAUCUAAGACAUCCGCCAGGCAACGAGAUCUACCGCAAAGGCACCAUCUCAUUCUUUGAGAUUGACGGCAGGAAAAACAAAAUGUAUUCCCAGAACCUGUGUUUACUUGCAAAGUGUUUUCUGGACCACAAAACCUUGUAUUACGACACAGACCCUUUCCUCUUCUAUGUAAUGACGGAGUAUGACUCCAAAGGCUUCCACAUAGUGGGCUACUUCUCUAAGGAAAAAGAGUCAACUGAAGAUUAUAACGUUGCCUGCAUCCUGACCUUGCCUCCUUACCAGCGGAGAGGCUAUGGCAAACUGCUCAUUGAGUUCAGUUAUGAGCUGUCCAAGGUAGAAGGGAAAACAGGCACUCCUGAGAAGCCCCUUUCUGACCUCGGCCUUUUGUCCUAUCGCUCCUACUGGUCCCAGACCAUCUUGGAAAUUCUCAUGGACCUUAAACCUGACAAUGGAGAAAGGCCGCAGAUUACCAUCAAUGAGAUCAGUGAGAUCACAAGUGUAAAGAAAGAAGAUGUCAUUUCAACGCUUCAGUACCUCAACCUCAUCAACUAUUACAAGGGUCAGUACAUCCUGACUCUUUCAGAGGACAUUGUGGAUGGGCAUGAAAGAGCGAUGCAGAAGAGACACUUGCGCAUUGAUCCAAAAUGCCUUCACUUCACACCUAAGGACUGGAGCAAGAGGGGCAAGUGGUAGAGUCCCAGCCUGGUUUACUGAAAACACUCCCCAACCGCCAGAUAGCAGACUCAAAGCAAGUGGUGGAUCAAGUAAAGGUUUUUGUCGAGCUAUGGCAUUAAGAACAUCGAAACCUUUUUGAACCCAGGACUCCUCUUCAGAUAAGAAACAAGGAACAUAAAUUGUCACCUGAGAUGCAUAACACUUUUAUUGUGAAUAUUCAUUAUAUAUUGUGCGUUUAUAAAGCUGUUUGUCUGGGGACAAAAGAGAGACUGGUUAACAGUGACUCCGCCAAAAAAUCCAACACACUUUCUACUGUGUAAAAGAUCCUGUUUAUGACCGACGGUGCGUUAAAAGUGACAUAGUUUAAUAGUGUAAAUUAAAUGCUAAGAUGGCAAACAUACAGACCACCUAAUAAAAGCAAGAUGUUGGUUUUAUAGAUAAUCGUUUGAGUUCUACAGUGAGUUGCCUCAUUUUCACGAGUCUGCAUUCUAUAAAAACCACAAAGGGGAUUUCUUUUCCUUAAAUUCAAAAAGGAAAGGGGUUUUGUUUGUUGUUCCUAGCUUUGGCCAAGACAAACAUAAGUGUGUUAUUGUCUAAAUCCUUUGUUUCUGCCACACACAGAAGAGUUAAAAUGUCAUCAGAAUAAUUUAUCACUUUAGUUUUUCACACAACUCGUAUUUAAGAAACCGUUCUUGACGGAAAAUAUACUUUUAGCAUUCAUUAAACAAUUGGACAACUAAUGUCUGAACAGCACUCCACUUUUUAAUCAUCACUUUCUACUUUUGAGUAGUGACUUUUGUACAAAGUGUACAGGCUUCAAAACAUCUCAAGUGCAUCUUCCUAGAUACACAAGUUUAAAUGUUUAGCCACUGAUACACAGGCUGUUUACAUUUACAUACACAUUUAACAGUGACUCAGUGAGAUAUGUAUAGUUUGUAAACAAGGAAAAAGUAUAAGGACUCCAAUAUUCAGGUCCGUUUUGGUAGUUUGAUACCUGCCCAUUCAAAUUUUCAUUUCAACACAGUCAUUUUCAUUUUAUUGUGAUUUUCCUCGAGUGCCUGAAUUUUAAUGUCCAAACUAAUGGAGAACAGAAAUGUCCUACUGGUUUCCUGUUAGAGGCUUCAGCUUAUUUUUAGUCUCAACUAAUGAAUGAAAAUUUUCUUGUAAAAUUAACUAUUUAAAAUGUUUGGAUGCAGACAGAAAAUUCUAAAUAAGACAUGAAGACUUACAGUUAUAAUGUUUCUUAAGAACCAACAUGGUCACUUCAGGUUUGUUAUCUUUUACAGUAGUAGCUUUAGUUGGACAGAUUUAUGGUCUACUUUUUGGGGGGGGAUGAUCAUUCAGGUGAAUAUUUCAAACUUUUUUCACAUAAUCCCCUGCCAUGACCAUCUGUACAGUGUGCAAAGAGACAAAUCAAUUCCCCAAGUUAAACAUGUUCACUGUACCCGUACAUACUGAACCUGAUUGUAAGAAAAAAAAAAAAAAGAAAGAAAGCUUAGAAGACAGAAGCCAUGUUGAACUGUUAGAGGAAUGUAAAUUAUGUGUACAGUUGUCUUUUUUUUACUUAAUCGAAACUAACUGGCAGCACAAUAUCAACAGGAAAAGACAAAAGUGAUAUCUUUCGUUCAGUUAGUGUUUUAUGUUACGUGUCAGUGUCACACAGGAUGUUGAAUUGACCCUGUUGAGAUGAUUUAGUGUAUCUUCAGUGAAACACAGUUGAGUUUGGUAUGAAAGGCUUGUUGAAUUGAUAAAAAAACAUCUUGAAAACCUUAA